CCGUGCGGAGGAAAUGGCGCCCGUCAGGUCCAGCGGUGUCCAGCCAGUCAUUUACCCUCCAAGUUGACACGUAAGCUGUGUGUGCGCCUCGCGCUCGGUGGGCCCGCCGAGCUCAGAAAUAUGUUUUCUGGCGGACAGCGGCCCGGCUCGUGUGGGGAAGAGAAGACUCGCAGCAGGAACACCGGUUGUUAACAUUUCGGAGCGUCGCUGGUGCAGGAGACCCCCUGCAGAGGAAUGGCCAAAGAGCACAAACCAAGCAGGGCAGAAACGUUUGUACUGCCUGGAUCGAACGGUCAUAAUGGCCAGCAGUGGCAGACUGGCAUGAAUAACUCGGUGCAGAGCCACCCUGCGGCCGCUAACCACGCGUCGAGGAUGGCACGCGUUGCCUCCGACGUCAGACACAAAUGUGCAGCCUACGUGCUGGCGCUGCGGCCGUGGAGCUUCAGCGCCUCGCUCACGCCCGUGGCCCUGGGCAGCGCCUUGGCGUACAAACUGGACGGCUCCGUGGACUUCGUGGUCCUGAUGGUGUGUGCGGUCGCCGUGCUGGUGGUGCACGGGGCGGGGAACCUUGUGAACACUUACUACGACUUCUCCAAAGGUAUCGACCACAAGAAGAGCGAUGACAGGACUCUCGUGGACGAAAUCCUGGCGCCGCAGGAUGUUGUGAUGUUCGGAGCGUUGUUGUACUCAUUGGGCUGCUUGUGUGCCACGCUGCUGUACUUCCUGUCCACACUCAGACUGGAGCACCUAGCCCUUAUUUACUUUGGCGGACUCUCCAGCUCUUUUUUAUACACAGGAGGCAUCGGCCUCAAGUACGUGGCCCUUGGCGACGUGGUCAUCCUCAUCACCUUCGGCCCGCUGGCGGUCAUGUUUGCGCACGCGGUGCAGGUGGGCUACCUGUCCGUGCUCCCGCUGGUCUACGCCGUCCCGCUGGCCCUCAACACCGAAGCCAUCCUCCACAGCAACAACACCCGAGACAUGGACUCCGACAAGCAGGCGGGUAUCGUCACGCUGGCCAUCCUCAUCGGCCCCACGCUGUCGUACGUCCUCUACAACCUCCUGCUCUUCGUCCCCUACGUGCUCUUCUGCAUCCUCGCCACGCGCUACACCAUCAGCAUGGCGCUGCCUCUGCUCACGCUGCCCAUGGCCUUCCCGCUGGAGAAGCAGUUCCGCAGCCGCUGCUACGCCAAGAUCCCCCAGAAAACGGCCAAGCUCAACCUCCUCAUGGGACUUUUUUACGUGUUUGGGAUCAUUCUGGCGCCUUCUGGCAGCUUGCCUCUACUGUAGUUCAGUAGCUUUGAUAUUUCAAAUGAAAUUGUUUUAAUACCAACUAGUUGAUGUAUUUGUAUUUGUACAAAGCUAUCUGAAGACUUCCGCUGGCUUUAAUUUAUUGUCUAAUUUAUAAGUUGAAGGGGUUUUAGUCUAGAUUCCUCUCUGCAAAACCGAAGACAUAAUCUUGUUUCUUUUUCAGUAUUAAGCCUGCUUUGAUACAUCGCUAAGAUUAAGAAGUGUUGGCGUCAUUUAUUUAGAGGCAGGCAAUAAUGUCAUCAUAUAAGGACUGAUCAUAAACCUCCAGUUGCCAUAUUUGUAGUUUUUCAAGACCCAAUCCAUAACGCUCAAAAACAUCAGUUAACUGUCCUUCUCGACAUUGCACUCUUUGUAUGGCGCAUACUUUGUAUUUGUUUUUCUUUUUUUGGAGAGCCAAACUAGUAUUUCAGUGGAUUGUAAUAAAACUUGAUGAUACA